ACUUGACACAUUACCAAUGACAUGAAUGAACGAUCAGUUGUCAACGCGUGACGUUUGUCUGUCAAACAAUUACAAAAUAAAAACAGUGUGCGGGCGGUGGCGGAACAGUGUGUCGUUUGUGUUAAUCGCGUGGCACCGCGACAGCGUCCCCAGGCCAGGCACGGCAUGCCAGGUAUCUAGCGGUGGGCGAGAGUGCGAGACCGCGAGCGCAGCCUGCGAGCCAGCUCGACGCAUCAGGAGCUGAGGCGAGCGAGCGACGCACCCCGCGGCGACAUGAAGCCGCACGAAGACUACAGGAACGGCGACGGCGGCGCGGUGGCGCUGGGCGAGGACAGCUCGGAGGAGGAGGGCUCGGUGGAGCAGGCGCUGUCCCUGCGCGACGUGGGCGCGCCGGCCCGCGUGCUGCACGCGCUGAACGCGCUACGCAAGUCGCGCCAGCACUACGACACGGUGCUGCUGGCGGGCGGCGCCGAGCUGCCGGCGCACCGCGCGGUGCUGGCGGCCGCCUCGCCCUACCUGCUGCACGCGCUGGCGGCGCUGCCGGCGGGCGAGGCGUGCCGCGUGCCCGACGUGGACGCGGACGCGCUGGCGGCGCUGCUGGAGUACGCGUACACGGGGCGCCUGCGCGUGCGCGAGGCGGCGGCGGCGCGGCGCCUGUACCGCGCGGCCUGGCGCCUGCGCGUGGAGCCCGUGCGCGCGCACCUGGCCGCCGCGCUGCUGCGCCGCCUGGCGCCGCACGACUGCCUCGAGCUGCGCGCGCUGCCCGACCUCGCCGCCGACCAGCUCGCCACGCUCGACGCCUACAUUGCCGAGAAUUUUGAUGAAGUAUGCAAGAGUGGCGCAUUGGCUGCGCUGCCACUUAUCCGUAUUGAAAUGUUACGAGAGACGAGUGCUGAAGGCGGGGAGGAGACUGCCUUCGCGGUCGCCGACGCCGCACUCAUAUGGCUGCGAGAUCAGCAAGCCGUCGAUGCUGAUCUGGACGAGUUGUGCUCGCGCACGCAUUUGCUGUACGUAGACGGACAGGGCGCCCUGCGCGACUGCGGCGAGCUGCCCGCCGCGCGCGGCGACGCGCCCGAGCUGCAGGAGUACCGGCGCGAGGCGGCCGAGCGGGGCCGCGCGUCCCGCCGGCCCGCCGACACGUCCCCGCCCGGCGCCGCGCUGGCGCUGGCGCGCACGCGGCCGGACUGCGCCGUGCUGGCCGCCACGCGCGCGGGCGCGCGCACCACGCGGGCGCUGCUGGCGCUGCGCGGGCGCCUGGCGGCGGCGCGUGGCGCGGCGCGCGGCGCGGCGCGGCGUGGCGGCGGCGUGCUGGCGGCGGCGAGGCGCGGCGGGGGCGGGCGCGGGCGCGGCUGGCGCUGGUGCGCGGCGCACGGCGCGGCGGCGCUGGCGGGGCGGCUGCUGGUGUGCGGCGGCUACGACCGCGCGCGCGUGCUGCGGGCGGCGGAGGCGUACGACCCCGGCACCAACGAGUGGACGGCGCUGCCGGACAUGCGCUGCGCCCGCGCGCGGUUCCCGGUGGCGGUGCUGGGCGGCGCGCUGUUCGCGCUGGGCGGCUCGGACGGGCACGCGGAGCUGGACUCGGUGGCGGCGCUGCAGGACGGGCGCUGGGCGGCGCGGGCGCGGCUGCCGCUGGCGCUGUCGCACGCGGGCGCGGCGGCGGUGGAGGAGCGCGGGGAGCUGUACGUGGUGGGCGGCUGGGCGGCCGGCCUCAACCUCAAGCGCGUGCUGCGCUACCAGCCCGCCGCCGACGCCUGGGACGAGGCGCCGCCGCUCAAUGCCGGACGGUCGCAGUGCGCGAGCGUGUACUGGUCGGGCGCGCUGUGGGCGCUGGGCGGCUGCGACGCGUGGCACUGCCUCGCCAGCACCGAGCGCCUGCGCCUGGGCGCCGGCGCCUGGGAGCCCGGGCCCGCGCUGCCCACCGCCCGCCGCGCCGCCGGCGCCGCCGCCUGGCGGGCCCGCCUCGUGCUGGCCGGCGGCUCGGACGGCGCCGCCUCGCUGCGCCGCACGGAGUGGCUGGACGCCGACAGCUGGCGGCCCGGGCCCGCGCUGCGCAAGCCCCGCGCCGCGCUGGGCCUGGCCGUGCUGGAGGACGUGCUGUACGCGGUCGGCGGCUUCGACGGCAAGGAGUUCCUGUCGUGCGUGGAGUGCCUGUACGAGCCCGACGGCGAGUGGACCACGCUGCUGGCGCCGCCCGCGCCCCGCGCCGCCCUCACGCCCGACACGCCCGGCGACAAGCCCGACAAGCCGCCCGAGCUGCCCAACGGACCGGCCGCGGUGCCCGAGCUGGCCAACGGCCCGGCCGAGCUCGCCAACGGCUCGGCCGAGAGCGAGUGACGGGCGCCGGCCGCGCUGUGAGAGAACUGUCGACGGCAUGCUGUCGCUAAGUAACCGCUACCUCAAAAUUAGCCGCGAGCUGACCGCUCGUGUCGAUGCCUUUACUUCGCAUUUUAAUGUUAUUAUAAAGUAAUGUAGGUCGCGGUCUGUGUAAUCGGCCCUCACAAACGUAGUCUAAAUGAUUAUAUUGUCACAGAGUUAUAGCGGGACGGAGUUGUUGUUGUGCUUUCCCGUGGUGGUAUUAUUGUUACAUUCCUAUGUUGUCGGCGAGUCGCCACUGUGUUAGGUGUUAGCUUCCUGUAAGAGUAUUACGUCGCAGCUCGUAUGCGCUGCGCCUUACGUUAAUAAAUCGUAUCUUCACA